UUGUUGGCCGGCGUAGUUCUUUUGGCAUUUCUCUUGUUUGGGGGAUUUAUGAUCAGCAACAGUUAUGCUGGCGCUUUGUCAUCCAUUAUGACCAUUCCCCGUUACGAAAAAACCAUUGAUACAACGGCGGACGUUGCGUCGAGUGGUCUUAAGUUGGUCGGUGGAACUAUUCUCUGGGUGACUUCUCUCGAUAUGAGCGAACAGCCCAUUCUUGUAUCGAUAAGAAACAAUUUUCGCGUACACGAUGUGGACACCUUGGCACGAUUUGUGCACACUCGGCGUGAUUUGGGAUUUAUGCUCGAACGAAUGCAGUACGGCAGCUAUGCGUUGGAGUCUUUUAUGGACGUAAAUGCGUCGCGUUUGGUGCAGCCAUUGAAAGAAGAUUUGUUUUGGGAGUUGGUCAUUUCGGCGUGUAGUAAAACAUGGCCGUUGAUGGGCGCAUAUGAAGAUAUGAUACUAAGGGUACACCAGGCCGGGAUUCAACGUUACUGGGAACUUGAGAGCGUCAUUCGACAUAUGGGACUUGAGAUUCAGCGAAAUAUAGCUAUGGCCCGAGCAAAGGAUAUCGAUAGCAAUCCAGUUAAGCUGUCCAUGGCACAUUUCCUAGGCGUGUUCUUUAUCCUGUUUGCUGGUCUCAUGCUGGCUAUCAUAACCUGCGUAUUGGAAAUAAUUGUCUAUCAUGCAAAAACUAAAGUUUUGACAGUUUGA